AGGCGGGCGAUGCGGGCCCCCAGCAUCCCCGGCAUCCUGAGCAUCCCGAGCAUCCCCGCUCACUAGCACCACGGUCCGGAGCAGCGGUCCACCCCAGCCGCCCGCCGCCUCACCGCCUCUCCCUCCCGGUCCAGAGAAGGGCGUCCUUGGGCUGUUGGGUGACCAUGAAUGAGGACGCUCGGGAUCCCUCUCCUGCACCGCCGGCGGCGGCAGCGGCAGCGGUAGUGGAGGAGAAAGAAAAGAAGGAGGAGGAGGAGGAGAAAGGGAAAGAAGAGCGAGAGAAGCUGCCUCCCAUCCCCAACCCUUCCAACACCGCAGCGUCUGGGGCGGUGGAGAGAGGAGCCAAAGGCCAGCUUUCUACUUUCAGCAGUUUCAUUUCAACUGCUAGCCAGAAGAAAGAAGUGGCUGAGAAGAGAGAUUCACCCACACAGCCUGUUACACCAAACGUCAAGAAUGUGAGAGAUCUGCCACCAAUUUGCCUUGACGUUAGACAAAAACAGCGCCUGUCUAUUGAUUCAUUGUCAGCUGAAAUGAAAGCACCAGUCCCUCCAGAACCUGCCCUUCCCAUUAGAACCAAAACUAUGAAAGACUUUCAGGAAGAUGUAGAAAAAGUCAAGUCAUCAGGAGAAUGGAAAGAGGUCCAUGACUUUUAUCUAACAACAUUUGAUUCUUUCCUGGAGCUCAGUGCUACGUUUAAGAAAGAUGCCAAUACCCCAUUCAAUACCAUUGAAGAUUCUGGGAUUAAUGCCAAAUUUGUGAAUGCUGUGUAUGAUGCCUUACUAAAUACUCCUCAAGAUAUUCAGAAGUCAGUACUGAAGGGUAUCAUUAACAGUCUAUUAAGAGAAUGGAAAGGGCCACGAUCAAAAGAUGAUCUUAGAGCAUAUUUUAUACUUUUACAGAAUCCUCAGUUUAAUAACACAUCUACUUAUGUCAUCUAUGCCCACUUGCUACGACAGAUAGCUGCCUUAGUGGAAGCGGACCACCAUUUCCUUGUUCACUGGUUUAAAAAGUUAUCACAAAAGAGGUUCAAGCCAUUGGUAGACAGAUUGCUACAGUUUAUUUCCUUACGCCUGUUUCCUGCAAAGCCUGAAGAAUUCCCACCUAUGACAAAAUGUUCCUGGUGGAUUCCAUCAGCAGCCAAAGUCUUGGCUUUACUUAAUGCUGCAAAUGAUCUGGCCCACCUUCCUCUUAUUCCUUAUACUGAUUUCUAUAAUUCUACAUUGGAUCAUAUUGAUCUCAUGGAGGAAUAUCACACCUGGCAGUGCUUUGGAAACUCUCGAAGGUUUUCCUUCUGUCAGUAUCCAUUUGUUAUUUCUAUAGCUGCAAAAAAAAUCAUUAUUCAGAGGGACUCAGAGCAACAGAUGAUAAGCAUUGCCAGGCAGAGUCUGGUGGACAAAGUUUCUCGAAGGCAAAGACCUGACAUGAAUAUGCUAUUUCUAAAUAUGAAAGUAAGAAGAACACACCUUGUUAGUGAUUCACUCGAUGAGUUGACAAGGAAAAGAGGAGACUUGAAAAAGAAGUUGAAAGUGACAUUUGUGGGUGAGGCUGGCCUUGAUAUGGGUGGCUUGACAAAAGAGUGGUUUCUUCUCCUGAUUCGCCAAAUUUUUCACCCAGACUAUGGCAUGUUUGCAUAUCACAAGGAUUCACAUUGUCAUUGGUUUAGCAGUUUUAAAUGUGAUAACUAUUCUGAAUUUCGGUUGGUUGGAAUUCUUAUGGGACUAGCUGUAUAUAACAGCAUUACCUUGGAUAUUCGUUUCCCACCCUGCUGUUACAAAAAGCUCUUAAGUCCUCCCAUUGUUCCUGGUGACCAGAACACACCAGUAGGCAUCUGCAAUGUUACAAUAGAUGAUCUAUAUCAAAUUAUGCCUGAAUUGGCCCAUGGAUUAAAUGAACUUUUAUCACAUGAUGGCAAUGUUGAAGAAGAUUUUUACUCAACCUUCCAGGUUUUCCAAGAAGAAUUUGGAGUAAUCAAAUCAUAUAAUUUAAAAUCCGGUGGUGAUAAAAUUCCAGUUACCAAUCAGAAUAGGAAAGAGUAUGUGCAACUAUAUAUUGACUUCCUUCUCAACAAAUCUAUCUACAAACAGUUUGCUGCAUUUUAUUAUGGAUUUCAUAGUGUAUGUGCUUCCAAUGCAUUAAUGCUGCUUCGCCCAGAAGAGGUAGAAAUUCUGGUCUGUGGGAGUCCUGAAUUGGAUAUGCACACUCUGCAGAGAAACACUCAGUACGAUGGCUAUGUGAAAACUGACCUUACUAUAAGAUACUUUUGGGAUGUUGUGCUUGGGUUUCCUCUUGAUCUUCAAAAGAAGUUACUACAUUUUACCACAGGAAGUGACAGAGUACCUGUAGGAGGGAUGGCAGAUUUGAAUUUCAAGAUUUCAAAGCAUGAUACUUCUACUAACUGGCUACCAGUGGCCCAUACCUGCUUCAACCAACUUUGCCUGCCUCCUUAUAAGAACAAAAAAGAGUUAAAGCAGAAACUGAUCAUUGGGAUUUCAAAUUCAGAAGGUUUUGGGCUGGAGUGACUUUGGACCUGAAAUAAAGUAUUUUUAUAUGUAGCAUCCACUCUUUUCUCAUUGUGCCUUUACCUUUUUCUUGCUUCUGUCUUCAGCACUACA